AUGGACCAGCACCAUUUCCUUCUGGUAUCAUUACCAUUCCAAAGCCACAUUAACCCCACUCUCCGACUAGCCACCAAGCUCACACGCGCCGGUGCUCGAGUCUCCUUCGCUACCACCGUCAACGGCCUCAACAACCUCAAGACUCGCCCUCCCCUACCUGCCGUAUCUUACGAUUCCUUCUCUGAUGGCAACGAAGCCCAAGCCAACGCCACCUUCGGACAACCACCCUCCUUUCAACAAAUCGAGCUUAUUGGCUCCAUUAGCCUCAAAAACCUCUUGUUAUCAAAAGCGAAACAAGGCCAAAAAGUAGAUUUCUUAAUCUACGGCAUGUGUCUACCAUGGGUGGCUAAGGUGGCGCGUGAGCUUCACUUGCCGUCGGCCUUUUUCUUUUUCCAAUCAGCAGCUUCCUUCUCUGUGGUGGUAUACCAGUUCUUCAAAGGUGAUGGUGGAAUGGUGAAUUCCGAUAUUGACCCCAACGGUUUAUUACAAAUACCAGGAUUGCCCUUGUUGAGAUAUGACGAAAUCCCUGAUCAGUUUCUGCGACCCACGGACGCGCUGUUCCCUGUUUUCCGAGAACACAUAGAAACCCUAGAAAAAGACCCAAAUCCAUGCAUACUAAUCAACACUUUUGAUGGUUUAGAAGAAGAAUCGAUUAGAUCAAUACGUGAUCGUAUAAACAUAUUCUCCGUUGGGCCAUUAGUUCCCGGAGAAACAGAGGAUUCCGAUCGAGAAACGUAUCUCCGGUGGCUAGAUUCAAAGCCUGCGAAAUCGGUGAUUUACGUGUCGUUUGGGAGCAUCGCGAAGUUAGGGAAAAAGCAACAGGAGGAGAUACUUGAAGGAUUAAUCGAAUCUGGACAUCCAUUUUUGUGGGUUAUUCGCAACCACGGUGAAGACGAUGAAGCGGCGAAGAGUUACAGGGCGUCGACGGUGGCGGAAGAUGAUGGAUUAAUAGUGAGAUGGUGUUCGCAGGUGGAGGUGUUGAACCACUUUGCAAUCGGGUGUUUCGUGUCGCAUUGUGGGUGGAAUUCGAUAUCGGAAAGUAUGGUAGGUGGGGUGGCGAUGGUGGGGUGUCCGCAGUUUGCAGAUCAGAAGAUGAAUAUAAAGAUGGUGGAGGAAGUGUGGGGGAAUGGGGUGAAGGCGGUGGCGGACGGUGGGGGUGAAGGUGUGGUAGGGCGGGAAGAGAUAAAGAGGUGUUUGAAGGUGGCGAUGGAAAGUGAAGAGAUAAAGAGAAACUGUGAGAGAUUGAAAGCCAUGGCCAUGGAAGCUGUGGCCGACGGCGGGUCAUCGGAUACGAAUUUAAAACGGCUUUUCGAAAGCCUCAAUUGUAUUUCAUAA